AUGGACUCCUCGCCCUCAGCCCUGAUUAAGUUUCUCCUUCCCAAAACACCGUUUUUGUUGAAGACGGCACUAUGGCACUCUAUAUCCAUGUCCCCAACGUCUUCGAAAUGGGACCUACGCACGGAAAUGACGGUCAACAUGCUUCGCGACAUGCUGGGCCCUAAUUCGACACCAACACCCAUCUCAAAGCUACAGCGUCUAACAUGUAAGGAACCAGGUGUCAAGGGAAAGGUCUGGGUCAGCAAGGUUCAACAGAGCGCACCAGAAGAAGACGAUGUACGGCAGAUGAUGUUCAAAGCUAUUGAAGAUAUGGGAACUGGGGAAGAGACCUGGACGAAGCCUGAGCAGCGACCUUUGGAAGCAGAAUGGAACGGAUACCGCGCAGAUGCCAAGAAUGAUGAGCCAGAACCCUCAUCCAUGAGCGAGGCAGAAAAAUACGAAAAUCUGGUAAAGGAAACGAAGAGUAAAGUCACAUUACUCUAUUUCCACGGCGGCGCAAUGUACCUCCUCGAUCCAGCGACAUCGCGUCCACUCACAGGCCGUCUCGCAAAAGAAACGGGUGGCCGCGUCUUCUCCGUUCGGUACCGCCUCUCGCCCCAAGGUCCUUUCCCCUCUGCGCUACUAGAUUGUUUCACAGCAUAUCUCACACUGCUCUCACCACCACCCGGGUCCUUCCACGCGCCCAUCCCCGCCAGCGAAAUCGUGUUCGGGGGCGACUCAGCAGGCGGAACAUGCUGUACCGCCUUGCUCCAACUACUCCUUCAAAUUCACCGUAGCACUCCCGCCGGCCAAACGCCCAGCGUCCGCUUCCACGGCAAAGACGUUGAGAUUCCCUUACCAGCCGGUCUUGCCCUGUCGUCACCUUGGAUGGAUAUAACGCGCAGUCUGCCCUCCGUCGAAGGAGGAGUCAAGUACGAUUACCUCCCUACGCCCAGCCAAGUCGAUUCCCGCGAGUUCCCCAAAGACGAUGGCGUGUGGCCCUCCAACCCGCCGCGCGCAGACCUUUAUUGCGAGGGCAGUGCAUUGAUGCAUCCGCUUGUGAGCCCUCUCGCCGCGAAAGAUUGGUCCAAAGCCCCGCCGCUUUUCUUCUCUGUGGGCGAGGAGAUGUUGAGAGAUGAGGGAGCUGUCGUGGCUCAGCGAUGUGUGAAGCAGGGUGUGACGGUUGUGUGGAGAGACUUUGAGGCUAUGCCGCACUGCUUUGGCAUGUUGAUUGAGAGUAACCCUGCUAGUGCCGUUCACUUUGAGGAAUACGGCGGGUUCUGCAGGGAUAUCGUUGAAGGCAAGAAAGUGCAGAGCAAUGGUGUGUUUAUUCAAGCCAAGACUUGCGAGAGGAGUGACAUGGAUGUUGAGAAUGGGUUGACGACGAUUACGGAUGAGGAGGUGGUGGGGUACAUGCAAAAAGGGAAAAACAGGAUCGAAACAAAGUUCAACAGGGGACAGGAUCCAUCUAGUGAGAGGCCUAUGCUCUGA